AUGACACGUACAAGUUGUCGUUCUCCUGUGUCUCGUUUGCCUAAGCAUCGCAAACAUACGAAUAGCGUCAAAUUCGAUACACCACCAACUGAAAUGAAAAGAUGUUUGGUCAAACUGAAAAAAAUGGUGCCAACUAUUGAACGAAAUAAGAAAGUUAAUCAGCUGGAAUUAUUGCAACAUGUUAUUGAUUAUAUACAAGACUUGGAAAAAACCCUUCAAUAUCCUGAGGAUAUAUUAACAUCCGUCAACGUAUCUAAAUGUUCGAGUCCUAAGGAAAAUCAAUCACUUGUGCACCUUUAA